AUGCCAUCACGCCGCGUCCCUCCCAUUUUGCGCCUUCUUGAGCGCAGCUUCAUGGCCUGGAAGGCCUUGAGUCUGGCUACCAACUGCGCUUACCCAGCAAUGGUAGUCCUCUCAGAGUCGAUGGAGCCUGCCUUCUCCCGAGGAGACAUCAUCUUGCUUGCCAACUGGCAAGAAGUCGAGGUCGGCGACAUCCCGGUCAUUUGGUUUCAGGGACAGCCCCUCCCUAUGGUACAUCGAGCCGUUGAGGUACUGUUUGCUGAUGACCAGGAGCGACUGAUCAUGACAAAGGGAGACAACAACGAAGUCAAUGAUGUGACCGCCACUGCUUUUCGCAGCCUCUGCAGCUCUAACGACAGCGGCCCUACACUUCCCGACUCAUACGCACAGGUCAUUCUUUUCCCCGGCAUGGCUACUUGCAGCAUGGUCGUUACUCUCUGUUGA